GAAUUCAAACAAUGUAAUUAACGUAUACUGAGACGUAAUUAGCGUCCCAUCAAGAUCUGGCAGCCUGGUAUCCACUUUUGAAGGUACUAAGGAAUAGGUUAAAUUAAUUGGUUCUUUCUUAUCUGGACGACGGCAUGCAGAUGCCCACAUCCGCUCCAAAUCCACCGCCAAUUCAGGAAUCAGAUACCGACUUACAGUGUAAAAUGCCUUGAGAAAAGCGAAGCAAAAGAGAAACCCAGAGAGGCCAGAAAUCUUCCCCUUUUUCUCACUUAUUCGCUCUUUUGAUUCUUGAGAGCAGAGAUAUGUGGGGCGGCGACAAUAUAAAUGCGCACACGGAGGAGAUAUAUAUGCCGGAAUGUGGGAGUAUCGGAGGUGAGGUUACGGCGGCACUGAAUUUGGAAACGGAGAAAAUGGCGAAGGAGAUGUCACAGUAUCAUCCAUAUGCAUUCCAAGCAUCAGGACCACGCAAUGUUUCUACUCCCAGUUGGAGAGACCUGAUCAACUCCAGUUGGAAGAAUGGCAAUUAUAAGAGAACAGUGAUGGCGUGUUUUGUACAAUCGGUUUACUUGCUUGAGCUAGACAGGCAAGAAAACAGGAAAGAAGGAAACGCUCUUGCUCCAAAUUGGUGGAUACCCUUCAAAUACACACUGGCUGAGACCCUAACAGACGAAAGAGAUGGAUCUAUAUUUGGGGCGGUAUUCAAAUGGGAUCGAGCAGCAGCUUUGGCUGAUCUCGUGCCUAUCAGACCGAGUGGUGCACCAACUGCUGUUUUGGCGUUGAGAGGGACACUUCUCAAAACCCCAACAAUGAGAAGGGAUAUCCAAGAUGAUCUACGCUACCUAGCUUGGGAAAGUUUAAAGGGAUCUGUCAGGUUCAGUGUAGCUCAAAAAGCGCUCAAGUCGCUUGCUGGCAAGUAUGGAAGCAGGAAUAUAUGCAUUGCUGGGCAUUCACUCGGGGCUGGCUUUGCUCUUCAAGUAGGGAAAACGUUAGCCAAAGAAGGAAUAUACAUAGAGGCACAUUUGUUCAAUCCACCCUCUGCUUCACUCGCUAUGUAUAUGAGGAAUAUCGGAGAAAAAGCUCGUUUUGGUUGGAACAAGUUGAGGUCAAUGCUACCUUUUAGUUCUGCUGAUCAAACUCAGACUAGCUCAGAAGAAUCUGCAGCAAAAGCUUUGCAGUUAGGCCUCGGACAAUGGGUGCCACAUCUUUAUAUAAACAACAGCGAUUACAUUUGUUGCUAUUACAUCGAUUCGGGCGAAACACAUAACAACCUGCAGGCUGCAGGCAAGGUGAAUAAUGCUAGGACGACAAAUGCUCAAGUUGCUGCCAAACUUUUCAUGUCCUCGUCGAAAGGGAAACAGAAGUUUCUAGAGGCACAUGGACUGGAGCAAUGGUGGUCCGACAACUUGGAACUUGAAACUGCACUGAAUAACAGCAGGCUGAUUAGCCAGCAACUGAAAUCCUUGUAUGGUCUCCCUGCUAGUUCUCUACAAACACAGGGAAAACGCUAAGAGGCAGAGAAGUGGAAACUAGCUAGAAAUAGAAAGUUCGCAUUCCACUUCAUCAUUUGACAAGUAAUCCUUUGUAAUUGUAAUGCUUCAUUAUCUACCUUUUUGAAAACAGGAAAACGAACUACACAUGGUGAUUUCCUAGUACUGGAUUUGGUAAUUAUCAUCAAGAAAUAAGCAGGGCAUAUCAUAACUGUCAAAGACAGAAACAUCUUGCAGGUCAUGCUGAAUCAUGGGAGCAUAGGCAUCAUCAUAGCGAUCCAAGUCCGUUUCCAGGAGCCAAGACUCGAAAUCCUUAAACUGUGCAAAGUUAUCCAACCCGGUGAAAGGUUCUUGUAUGCAUGGAACCACGGAACUUUCUUUGGCAGAACCAAAGGACGACAUUUGGCCGCUUCCAUCUGAUGACUCGACAGAAAACUCCUCAAUCCCAUUUUCUAGAUAAGUUUGGUCUCCUUCAACAUCAUGAAUAACUGCAGGCAUUACAGAAGCCUCAAAUGGCUGUGGAAUAGCAGGCAAAGGUGAGGAGUCGGGAUGAGUUCCUUUACCGGUGAGUUCUUGAACCAGGCUCUUGAAGUUUGAAGAGUCUGUGAUGUAAACUUUGGGUUUCAAGAAGUCAAUCAAGCUGUUGAGCUGUUGCUUCUUAAGCUUGUCAUGAUUCUUUGAUAUUUUGUGUGACUGUGAACAUGUUUUGCUCAUUGUCUUCUUUCCCAUGUGUGUUUUUCUCUGAGAAAACUAGAUCAGAGAGAAAUGGGUACUGAUGAUCUCUUGGCCCCAGAAACCAAGUGUGUUUAUAUUUUGCUUCUUUCUUUGCUGCUACUUGAAGAUGGUAUGGUGUUGUAUAAAUAUGAAAUGGCAGAGAGAAGACGACAGAGUUAAGAUGUGGAAUAAGGGGGGGCUGGAGAGUUUAACACAAUAGGUCAACAUAUAUGCUUGGAAAAGAUGCUGAAAAUGAUGCUCAUUCAAAUACCCAGGAUAGGAUUGAAUGGGGUCAGAUCGAGUCUAUUUUUUUUUUAGUACUACUGACUUUGUUACAAUGUAGUAUUUGUUCAUAUUAGUAUAACAUGAAAAAACAAUAAAUUGUAUAACUAUUACUAAA